GUUUUAAUAUGGCCAUUAAUUAUAAAUUGCGUAUUUGGUGUAUUUUGGGUUUAAUUUUAUCGGUUUAUGCCACAUAUGUUGAAAUCAAAUUACUUGUCAAUAAGGACUACAAGGCUUUGUGUGAUUUGGCACCUAAGUUAAGUUGCACAGCUGUUUUUAAUUCACCAUAUGGCAAAAGUUUUGGUUUUUUAAAUAUGUUUUUUAAUGAAGAAACUUCUAAAUGGAAUCCACCAAAUGGUAUAUUUGGCAUAAUUUAUUAUUUGCUGUUAUUGUUAACAACCUUCCUUAAACGCCCUGACCUUGUGAAAUACCAAAUACUGUUUUGUAUUUUAUCAAAUCUAAUGUCUAUAUAUCUGGCAUAUUUGCUAUAUAUAUUGGAAAAUAUUUGUGUCGUUUGUAUAACGAUUUAUGUGGUAAACUUUUUGUGUCUUUGGGAGAUGUUGAAAGAUUUCAAUAAAUUAUGGUUGCAAAAUCGAACAACAAACACCAAAAUUGAAAGUAACAAAAAGGAAUAA